AUCCGGCAAUCUGUGACCAGGACGGCCAAUUUACCGCGGCGAACGGCUGUCGGACAGACGUGAAUCCGCCGAUCUGCGAUGUCCCGGGGCAGUUUACUUUCGAGAACGGUUGCAGGAACCUGGUCAUAGCGGAUGAGAACGGGUUGUCGAAAGAGAAAAUUGUGGCCGAAGCGAUCGAUGAGGACAAGGAGGUGGUUAUCCUGUCUAAAAACGUCCCCACCCCAGAGUUGUCAUGCAAUUCUGCAUGCCAAAAAAGUUUCUCAUGCGGAGCCCUAUGAGAAGCAUUUUCCAUUCGUGUUAUGGAAUUUGUGAUGCCACCAUCAGCAUGCUAUGAUAGAUCUGUGAUGCAGAUAUGUGAACUAGCUGAAUCGAGGAUCACACUACGAGGACAAAUUUGUCAUGCCAAACAGCCAAAGCUGGUCGAUUUGUCUAGCAGAUUUCCCAUCUUGGCUCUGGUGUGGGGACGUUUUUAAUCAGGAUAGGGGUUACGCGGGAAUACGAUUUGAUCGUCCGCGAGGGCCCGGCCGCGAUUGUCGAGGGGGGUUUUCUGAACUUAACCGCGAUGCGGUUUCUGUGCAAGGGGAUCUGCGACUAUGGAUGUGUCAGAGUUGAAAUCGACAAAGUUGAAAUAAUUUGCCAUGCAUAAAAUGGAUGCCAGCUGGAACCCAGUUUCCAAGUGGCGCAUGACAAAUUUCGGCGGUCCCUAAAUCCAGUUUGUCAUGCUGUUUAGGCAAAGAAGAGCGAUUUUCUGAUGCUACUUUAGCAGCUCGAGCUGUAACCCCAAACAGGCUUACAAUCGGCCUCACUUGCCUUGUCUGCAACACACGCGCCUCGGGUCAUGCAUUUUAUGCAUUACAGAUUAUUUCAACUUUGACGAUUUCAAACCUGACGCUUCCAUAGCGACGUAGACGAGUUUAUCCCCGUCUUUCGUCCCACCAUGCACCUGGGCAUGUGGCGGCUUAUGAACUGCAAAAGUAUCGUAUUUGUACUAAUUGCAAUCAUGCAUGACAAGUCUUGGCCUUAAGGUAAAGCAGCAUGACAAAUUCCAGUUUUCAUGCUGAGCAAAUUUGUAAUGCAAUUUAGACUAGUACGAUUGCGAUACUUUUGCAAUGCAUACGGCUCCGCCCGGACCAGUGCCCCAACAACUGCACGGGGAAGGGCGUUUUAUCGUAUUGAAAAUCGUCCCCACCCCAUAGUUGUAAUGCAACUCUGCAUGCUGAAAAUGUUUCUCAUGCGGAGCCCAAUGAGAAGCAUUUUCUAGUCGUGAUUUGGAAUUUGCCAUGCUCCAAUCAGCAUGAUAUACCAGAUCUGUGAUGCUUCUGAACUACCUCAAUAAACAGCACUACACUACGAGUCCAAAUUUGUGAUGCAAAACAGCCAAAGCUUGUGGAUUUGUCUAGCCGAUUCCCCAUUUUGACUAUGGGGUGGGGGCAUUUUUCGUUGUAAUACGUUUGCGAGUUUUCCCACUGCGUCUGCGAAAAUGGGUGGACGGGGCCGGACUGCUCCUUACCGAUGUGCCCCGGAUCGCCCUGCUACACGGAUCCGAACUCGAUGGAAUAUCACUGCAUUGAGUGUUCCGGGCGGGGUCAGUGCGUCACGGACGACGUUCGCUAUGGGGUCUCGCACCCCAACAUACCCGCAGGCAUCAAAAACGCCUACGCGCUUGGAGGUGCGGCAGCAUUGAAGGACACGGUAGUACGAAGGUGCGAUAUGAAAGUGGACAACUUGUUCCCCUCCCCCUCGUUUGUGGUAAUGCAAAAUACCAAUUCCACGUACACGUUUGCCACUUGCGUUGAACAAGCACUGUUCGCAUCACAAAUUUCGAAAUAACCUGAAAUAGUGCUACAUUCCAUGUGUAGAAGAUUUCUUCGUUAUGUUGUGGGCGCAGGCCCAUUUCUGUCGUUGCUUGUGUUGACUCGUUCGUGCACAAUUACAAAUGAGGGGCAGAAGGGGGAGUUGUGCACUGUUAGACGCGAGUGUGACACGGGAUGGACGGGCGAGGACUGCAGUCUGGCGGCGUGCUUCAAAAAUUGCAGCUCCACCCCGACAGAGCACCGGGGAACCUGCUGGAAUGAGUUUCCGGCCGAGCAGUGCAUCUGCGUGCAGGGCUACGAGGGGAGCUACUGCGAGCGGAAAUUGUGUCUGAACAAGUGCUCCGGCAACGGGGUGUGCGUCGACGGGGAGUGUGUAUCACAAGAAAAAAGUGUUAAUACAGUUACACAUUGUGUUGCAGGCCAAGCAAGACAGACAAGCUCUGUCAUGCCGGAUAUGCAUAGGAGCCUCGUUUCAUACGUGUUUUCCCCUAGGAUUUCUGCAUUACAAGUUUUCUCUCUCAUGCAGAGAAAUUUGUGUUGCUGAAUUCACUACAAAAACAAAUAUGUAACUGUAACACUUUUUUCGUGGGAUAGUGUGUCUGCGACAUGUACUGGGUCGGUCCGGAUUGCUCGGUGCUGACCUUUUCGCCCGGGCGGAGUACGCAAACCGUCGACGUCGAGGGCGGAAGCGGGCUGGGGAAAAUGUACGCAUCAGUCGAUGCAGCUGCGUCGACCAUGGCUACUAGUAGGCGGAUACUGUAG